AUGCAGCAAGUUUGCCCGCUAGAAAAAAAUAAAUUUAUAAAUGAAGAUUUAAAAUAUAAAAGUGAAGUUUUCAAGCAUUUGAAAAAAUGCCCAUUAUUUUUAAAAAAUUUAUAUUUGCAUUAUAACCCUUUUUAUUUUCCUCAAAUAAAUGAUAGCAGUUUGUAUUUGGUAAGGCAGGAAAAUGUAGAGGAGAUACUAUAUGACUACCACCACUUUUUUAAUGAAACGAUUAUACAUUUGUUAAAAAAAAGCAUUAUAAAUAUAAAUGUAACUACUUAUGAGCAGUUUUUAAAUCUAAAACAUAAGUUUCUGUUCAAGUAUUUUUUAAAAUAUGGAAAAGCUACCUUGCUACGAAAACUGGAGGAUGACGUAUUUUUAGAAAAACUGAAAAAAAAAAUAGGUCCACAAAAUGGAAAUCAUGCUGAUACUAUAAGUGUUGUAGGUGCAAAUGUUCUUUUAAAUUAUUACAUUGAAAAGAUAAAGCUGUCGAUAGGAACAAGUAGGAGAGGCGGUGGUAGUGGAAGCGGUAAUAUCAGUGGUAGUGGAAGCGGCAGUAUCAGUGGUAGUGAAAGCGGCAGUAUCAGUGGUAGUGGAAGCGGCAGUAUCAGUGGUAGUGGAAGCGGCAGUAUCAGUGGUAGUGGAAGUGGCAGUAUCAGUGGUAAUAGCAACGGAAGUAAUGAUAGGGCAAUGCAAAACAAAGGGGGGAUAACGGCAAGCCGCAUUUUUAAUCAUUUAGCAGUAAAAGAGAGCAACAUCCCAUGUAACGUAAAGGGAGUAAACGAUUUCACCAAAAAUCCGAAUGUAAAAGAGAAUGCGCACGUUGCAGUUAACAGUGAGCAUAACCAUACCAAGGACCCUUUUUUUCCAACAUAUAAAGAUAUAAAAAUAAAAAAGAAACAAAUAGAGAAAUUUGACUUGCCAAUAUUAACACUCAAGAGUAUAGGAAUCAUUCAUAAGUACAAAAUAUGUAGAGAAAUAAUAAAAUAUGUCGAUACAAAUAUAUUUUUUUUUUUGAAUGGAAAAAAAGGUUACGAAAAGACUACAGACAUUAACAAUUCAGAAUGUAUUUUUGUUAAUGAAAAAGAAAAUUUAGAUGAGGAUGAAAUUCUAAGUAUUGUGAUAUACGUAACGAUAUAUCUGUGCUGUAAUAUGAGUAUUAUGAAAAGAAUAAAAAACAAGAAUUUCAAUAGAGAACAAAAAUAUGACAGUACAAUUGAAAUGUCUAUAUAUUUCUUUUUAGAAAAUAUAGAUAAGCACGAUAUACAAAAUAUUAAUUUGUUAUUUCUGUUAUUAUAUUUUAAUAAGAUUUUUUUUGAAUAUUUUUAUUAUUACCUACUGUGUAAGGAAAAAAAAAAAAAAAUGAAAAUAAAUUUUAACCUUAGAAACAUGCUAUUUGUAGAGCUUGGUGCAGGUAAGGGUAACACAGCAAGAUGGGUAAAUUUCGUUAUGAAUAUUUUGACUGAUGUACUUUCUAAAUUUUCUCUGCAUAUUGAAUUAAAGGAUGACAAGAGGAAGAAUGAUCAUCCUGAUAGUGGGGAAAAAAAAGAGUUAACAAAAUUUAUUUCUACUCAUUACACAUGCAUGGAAAACAAACAAGAACAACCACAAACAGAUAAAUGCAAAAUUUUAAUUAUUGAAAAAGAUUCUCGUAGAAAUAAAAAAGAAAAGAAAGAUUUUUACAUGCAAAUAGCUAAAAAUUAUAACACACAUACGCUUAGAAUAAAAGCAGAUAUAGCUGAUUUUCAUCUAAGUAAAUUCCUCCGCUUUGUUCAAAAUGGAAAAGCAGAAGAACGAAAUAUUUUUCUAAUUCCGGAUAUAGUUCAUUUUUAUUAUUGCAAAGAUGUGUACUGGAGAAGAGAGCAGGGGCAACGGUUUCUCUCGGAUAAGGUGAGAAAAUUGAAAGGAGGUGAAGAAGGUGAAAAAGGAAAAGAAGGGAAAGACGGAAAAGAACAAGUGGGUGAAAUAGGCCAAAUCGGUGAUCAAGAAGGCGCCAAAAAAAGAACAAACUAUUAUAGCAAGAUGGCUAAUCUUGUAUUGUCGGAAAAAUACUUGAAAAAUAAUUUACUUUUUCUUGAAAGCUACUUCGACGUACAUGUUAAAAAGAUAUUCCUCUUGUUGACGCAAGGGAACAACGACCUUAUCAAGGUUUAUAAUAACAUGAACGACUUUCUCAAAAAUGUGGACUUCCAAAAAGUGACAUUUAUAACCAAACAUUUGUGUGGAAAUGGGACAGAUCUAGCUUUAAGGAUGAUAAUGAAUAGUACUAAGAACGAAGUCCUUGAGAAUUACUUCAUUUUAGCUCCAUGUUGCCACCAUAGGUGUGAGGUGCAAAAAAUCCUGGGAUUCGAAUAUUUGAAAAAAUUAAACAUCGAUAAGAAACAUUUUCAGUACAUGGUUAACCACAUGUCAGGUUAUGCCUCAUGUGACAGCAAAAUGAAGAAGUCUGUUGGGAAAAAAAUAAAACUUCUUAUUGAUCUCACCAGACUUCUGUACCUGCUAGAGAAAGGGUUACAAAAUGCUUAUAUAAUAAAAUACGUUAGUAGACGAGUAACAAUUGAAAAUUACGCCUUCCUUUUUUUCAAUCAUCAAAAUUUGAAUUUGUGUAAUUUCAAACAUUUUUAA